AUGACUGUUCUAGUGGCCAUAAAUGCAGUAGGUGGACAAAUACCUGGCUUUUAUAUCUUCAAAGGUGAGCAGAAGAUGCAAAAUUGGAUCGCAGAUUGUGAAGUUGGAACUGCCUUCACCAUUAGCAAGAAAGCCUAUAUGACAGACAAUUUGUGGCCACAGUGGCUUGAACACUUUGUGAAAUUAGUACCUGGUGGAUGCUUGCCUACAAACUGCCAUGCUCUCAUUGUUGAUGGCCACAGAUCCCAUAUUACAAAGGUUGCACUUGACACAGCAAAAAUGUUAAGUGUGAAUGUGAUUCUUCUUCUAACACAUACUUCUCACCACAUGCAGCCGUUAAACAUUGCAUGUUUUGGGCCAUACAAGUGUUACUUCAGGCAGUGUGUGGAUGAACACACUCUUGGACAUCUAGGACACAAAGUCAAUCGUCGAGAUCUUACACAGUUAUCCAGUAGAGCUAUGUCUAUGGCUUUGACACCUGCAAACAUCCAAUCUGGUUUUAGAGCAAGUGGUUUAUGGCUGUUAAACAAGAAUGCUAUGGACACUCACUUUGGUCCAAGUACACUCCGUGAAGUAUCUCUUGACAGCUUUGAAACAGACUUCAAAAACACUUUGGAGCUCAGCCACCUCAAUGAUGAACUAGAACUUCAGCAAGAUCUAGUGUAG